AUGUAUGAAUACAUCCCAGGAUUCCAUGAGGUUUCUGGGGAUGCCAACAGGACAUGCAGUUCACAAGGCGACUGGACGGGAUCGGCUUUAGUGUGUGAAGACAUGGAUGAAUGCACCACUGAUAACGGAGAGUGUGACCAGAUCUGCAUCAACACAAUGGGAAGUUACAGCUGUUCGUGUCGGGACGGAUUCACAUUGAAGGCGGAUAACCGAGGAUGUGAAGACGUGGAUGAGUGUGAACAUGAUAAUGACCCCUGCGACCAUCAAUGUGACAACACGAUGGGAAGUUACACCUGUUCCUGUAAUGAUGGGUAUUACUUGGAUGCGGAUGGGCAUAAUUGUACAGAGAUACAGCCGUGGUCAGCUUGGGGCUCCUGGUCCAACUGUAGCGUUGGUUGUGGACUGGGUCGGCAGGGGAGGAGUCGUGAGUGUCCCAACCAACCGGACAGCUCCGGAAAUAACCACUGCCCUGGGCAAUCCACAGACGGUCAGCUGUGCUUUGAAGUUCAACUCUGCACAGGACCCAUGGACUUCCAAUAUAUCCAUGUGGCGGAUUUGACAUCGCUGUUUCAGCCUACCUUCGUCAUGUCGGUCAGCUUUCCGACAAACAUGCGGUAUUUGUCUUAUGCCUGUUGUUUCUCGCCAUCCCAGAACAUGUCCGUGACGAUUGAGUACGUGUUCUCCUGGUUCAACACGACGCUGAGCGGACUGACCGACGGCUGGGUCCCGGCCCCUGACAGCCUGGUCUCGCCGCCGCCGCUGGCGUUUGGCACCACGGUACGUCAGGCCGCUGCCGUGGACGACGAGGCGUCAUCGAGGUGGCUGAACGAGGAAGGGCUGGUCGUGUACAAAAUGACGCGGAAGUUCAAGGUGUCGUGUUCAGUAUCGCUGAAGAACUACCCGUUCGACACCCAGACCUGCGUUGUGCAGCUUCGCGGAUACGGUGGAGCUAGACUGCGGCUUCUGCCACUGGAUGACGUCACGUUGGCCGCGAUCAAGACAGACGCGACGGAAGUUGUGUCUCAGUUUGAGCUGACUGGAGUGGAGAUCCAGGGCGCCUUCCACUCCUUCAUGUCCAACACUAAAGAUUCCAACGGCUACACCACGAUAGACGUCCUGGUGCACCUUCGUCGGCGGCUGAUGAGCUCCGUACUGCGGGUGUUCCUGCCGUCUGUCACGGUGGUCGUGUCGGCCUACCUGCAGCUGUGGAUGCCGCUGCGCCUGUCUGACAUCACAGGCAGGUUCAGCCUGGCCGUCACCACGUACCUGGCCAUGAUCUACCAGAGCAGCAGCGUGCGGAUGCCGUGGAUAUCAGAAGCCAGAGCAGUAGACAUCUGGUUCGGAGGAUGCCAGGCUCUCAUCACGCUGAUGAUGUUGGAGACAGGACUGGUCCAUUUCAUCUACUCCCGUCGCCUGAAGAAGGAGGAGAAGAAGGUCCGGAAGCAGCAGGAGAACCCUCCGAUCAGGAUCCCCCGCCCGGGGUACUCCACCGCCCCUGCCAGCAGCCUGGAGGAGCUGUUCGGACGCCGCUGUCCCGAGGGUGCUGUCCGAGUCAGCGCCUUCGAUAGAAUCAGCAGGCCGUUCAAGAUCCCCAGGCCGAAGCUGAAGGACCCGGGGAACAUCAUGUGGCACCGCCUGCCGGACCAGAAGUGGAUCGUCAUCCCCCGGCCCGAGGACAAAGACGCGGCGGAUAGUCCAGAACCGGCGGCGCCAAAGGACAAGGGGCAGAAGAAGGCCAAUGAGCUUAAGAAGUCCGACAAGAAGGCCAAGAAGGAAGAUCGGCGAUCUAAGACCCAGCGUCCUGAGUCAAUCCCGCUGCAGAAGUUGGACCGGGAGUCCUCGGAAAUGAACCUGAGGAGACGGCGGCAGCCAGUCCGUAACCCGGGCGAAGAUCUGGUGCACGUCGGGUGGGAGCUGGCCGCAGGAGGAGGAGGCUGGAAGUCCGUGUACGGCACCGAGGAGAUGGCUGACGACAUCGCCAAGUCCUGCAAACCCAUCCCCAGGGCCAAUACCGUAUACCGGCUCCGCGGAGAGUGCGAUCCGGACAGCCCGGUGGUCACGGUCCCGAUACCCGCGGAGUUCACUUCGUACGCCUUCCCCCCUUCCAUCAUCGACCCGGAGGAAGAGGCAGAGAAGCUGGAGAAGAUAGAGGCUGUGACGGCCAGGAUUGACCGGGUGGCCAGGAUUGUGUUUCCUGUUGUCUUUGUGGCUUUCGGUAUUGGCUUUUUCCUCCACUUUUACUGUACUUACUAG